AUGAUUGAUGCUUUUUAUUCACUUUCUGAUAUCAAUCAACGAUUUAAUCGAUUAGCACUUGAUUCUCUUUAUAUUCGUCAUCUUGAUAUGACCACUAUUACAAACAUGAAUUCACUCUAUAACCAAAUCUCUUCAAUAGAUCCUCAACUUCUUUCAAGAAUUUGUCAAAAAAUCUUACCUCGAAUUCAUCAUGAAGUAUAUAAACUUACUGUUGAACAAGAUUCAAUGAACCAAAUUCUUCUUGCUGCCAAUUAUCCUAGACUUUACUCAUUAUCGCUUAUAAAUUUUGAAGAAGAAAUAAUUUAUCAAUAUUUAACAGAUAAUUUGGUUCUUCGUGAUCUUCUUACCAAACAAAUAACACAUCUUAAUAUUGAUAUAAGAAAACCAGUAGACCACUGGUCGGAUACUCUUUUAAAUAUUAUUGCAUUAAUCUUAUCUUUAUGUAAAAUAUUAACUGUUUUGAAUUUUGGUGAUAUGUUUAUCACACGAAAGUUUAAGAUUCCUUUUUUUUUUCUGUCAUCAGAAAUUAGUAUGUCAUCAACUUUGAUGAAAUUGACAAUCAAUGUCUUGAAUUUUGCUGAUUGUCGUUGUGUGGUUGAUGGGCGUUUUCCAUGUUUAUCAACAUUAAUUAUUAACGUUGAUAAUGUUUUGGACCCAAUGGGAGAUAUAGGUGAAACAAAAAAACUUCCCAAAUUGAAAUCUUUCUCAUUCACGUCAUUUUUUCUGACAUUUAAUUAUGAUACUUUGAUUGUUCCAUUACUUUGUCAAAUGAUAAAUCUUGAAGAAUUAAAAUUAUAUCUACAUGUAGGAAGAUCUAAUUCGACUUUUAUCGAUGGUAUUCAAUUAUAUGAUCAAUUUCUUAUUCAUAUGACACAAUUAAAAAAAUUUACAUUUAAUAUCAAGACAACCGCCUUCAAAAAUAAAAAUAACACUAGAGUUGAACUUCCGUCGAAUGAAGAUAUUCAACAUAGUUUCAUCGGAAGAGGUUAUCAACAAGUAGUUCCGUAUGUUGACACGAAAUCAUCUGCAUGGGAUGGCGAAUGUCAUAUCUAUUCACUGCCAUACGACUUCGAAUAUUUUGUUAACCUCGACAAUUCUUUUCAAGGCGGCAUGUUUCAUAAAGUUCGAAAAUUAACGAUAUGUGGUAGAGAUCCUUUGGAAUAUAAAUUAUUUCAAAUCAUUUUUCAUGAUUUUCCUUUUCUCAAUCUCUUAUAUAUAUCAAAUAGAUAUCCAAUAAAAGACAAACAAUAUUCAUCUAAAUUGAUCACAUUUCCUUAUCUCACAUUUCUUGAUCUUCAAUAUACACAUGUUGAUUAUAUCGAAUUAUUUCUCUUGAAAAAAAAUACUUAUCUACCUCGUUUGUUAAAUCUCUGUAUGGAAUAUAAAUCACUCACGAUGAUAACAAAUAAUUUUACCAAUAAUCCAACACAUUUCAAUUUUGGUAAAUUAAAAAGUCUUGAUAUAUGUGAAUCUUUUGUUCGUCCAGAAAAUUUUCAUGAAUAUUUUCCUUUGUUAUAA